AUUUUUAAAUAUCGCUAUACAAAAUUUAUGUGCUUAUGUAGCUAAUAUUUGGCAACAGGCAUUGCAAUAUAAUUUGGCGGAUUUUUGAAAACGAAACUGAUCAUUUUAAUGUAAUUCAAAAUUAUUAGUAUUUUUUAUAUUAGACCAUUCGGAAAAUAGCUCCCUCUGUUAAGGUAUAAAUAUAGUCUUUGAUUCAUGGGUCUGUGAUGGAAAAUAAGCGAACUGCAUCUGUGAUAGCCGCAGAGAAACUUCUUAGUGUUAUAUCUGCAAAUCAUACAACUGAUAAUUUUAUUUUGUUUCUCUCAGAAUUGGAAAGAAAAGGAACAGCUGUGGCUUGCAAUGAUGCCAAGAGCUGUAUGGACUGGAAUUUCAACUUUCAAGAAUUUUAUGAAAUUCUUUGUAGAUUUGAGCUUCCCCCAAUAGAAUUUUUGUGGAAUCUUCAUGUUUUUCAAGUUAUGUCUUUUGAAGUUUAUCUUUCGUUUCUCGGUACUCAGCCAAAACAGUUUGCAAAAUUUAGAGAAAAUAUUUUAGGGCUUUGUUUUUUAGAAGAUGGAAAAGAAGAAUAUUCUUCUUUUGUGCAAUCAGGUGUACUUUCUUAUAUUGUAAGAAAAGCCUACCCAGCUGGACAAAUAGAUGAUGCAAGAGAUAAAUUGAAAAAAGUAAGUUCUUCCACCCUUCUACAAGCAUUAUUUUUGUUUCAAUAA